AUCGUCUCAUCUUCUUACCCGACACGUUUAUACACCUUCGUUCGUUGUUCUUCCUCCUCCUCUGUCUAAUUCUAAUCACCGCGGUGGAAACAAAAUUUGGCUAAAAAUCCUCUCUCUCGCGUUGGACUGGACGAAAUAAAAAAAAAAAAGAAAGAAAAAUUCCUCUCGAAGAACGGUUCGUGACCUGUUUCGUGUGGAUCUCUUUUUCACGGAUGCUCUCAAGCCUCGAGGACGAACACGACUACUACUACCUGUUCCAUCGGCAGUAUCGUAGCUCGCGGUGGUGCCGUAAGUGAGGUGAAACGUAACACGGAGAAGAGAGUGGAGUUGAACGGGGAAAAUCGACGGGAAAUAAAGGAGACGAGGAAGAAGAAGAAGAAGAAGAGGAUACCAAGAUGCCCUGUUCCGCGGUGACGCUGUCUCUCGCGACCAUAACCGGUAUCAUUGCCACUGGCCUCCUGGCAAUCGCCUUUUCCACGGACAACUGGCUCUACACCGAGGUCAAGCGCGCCCAAAUCCAGCAAUAUGCAGCCAAGCAUGCCGAGCAGAGCCACUUGGUGGAGCAAAUGAAUACGAAAUACUAUUACUACACGAGGACGCAGGGUCUCUUCAGGAUAUGCUAUCCCAAAGAAAGACCACCGACUGGAGCCGUUCAAACGUACCUAAGUCCUGUGGAGACGCACUGCAUGAACAUCAAUUACUUCAUUCCCGACGAGGAGAAUCUUACGAGGGGCUUCUCCGACGAUGCAAUGACUCGACUUCACAUGGGCAGAUCUGUGAUAGCUCUGUUUAUAGUGGGAUUCGUUGCGAUCUUUACGGCAUUCUGGACGGGAGUGGUGGGCUGCUGGAAGAGGUCACCAGGAAAUAUCACAGCCACCGCAAUCUUGAUGUUGCUAGCAUGCUUGUUAAGCGCUAGCGCCAUGGGUCUCUGGCACGGGGUGGAAUAUUACGAGAAAGAGAAAAUAGUCGGAGAAGAAUACUACCAACAAUGGAGCAACGUCCUGAAGGACAACUCACUAAUCUCGUACGACUGGUCGUACGUGGUCGCUUGGGUCGGCGUCGGUUGGUCGUUGGUCAGCGCGAUCUUGUUUAGCGCCGCGGCGAUUUGCUUGAGGGGCGAGAGAAUGCGCGAGGAGGCGAUGAACAUGCAGUACCUCAUGCCUGUAUAUCCCCAGAAGCAACAAUAUGCUUAUGCCGGCUACCCGGCACCUGCCGCAUAUCCAGGACCAUACUAUCACGGCUCGCAAUACGGACCAUACAACUACUGAAGGGAACCCGCGUCAUCUUUAUCGACAGAGGAAAGAGUCUUGAGCGCGGAGCGUGAGACGUGCUCGCAAUGAACAAAACAUAAUCUGGCAAGCGAUGUUUCCCAGGGGAACGAUAAAAAAAAAAGAAAAAACGAAACGAACGAGACAAAAAACGAAGACUCUGAGUGGCCGAUCGUAAAUCCCAAACCAAGCCUGCGCGACCAGAGAAAAAAAAGAAAAAGGAAAGAAGGACGACCUUGGGACCCGCCCUAGACAUAAUUUAUCAUUUGUUUUAAAACGCCAUGCUACGGACGUUCUGGUGCAUAUCCGCGGGUCCCACGAUCGUCGAUCUCCAUUUCUCUUUCGGCAGGUGUCCGUUUAGUAUACGAUCGCUCGAACAAGAU